UGAUCUGAAGAAGAAAUACAACAUAACAGCAAUUCCUAAACUCGUGAUUGUGAAACAAACUGGAGAAGUCAUUACAGACAAGGGAAGAAAACAGAUCAGAGAAAAAGGGCUAUCCUGUUUUCGAAACUGGCUUGAGAGUGCAGAUAUCUUCCAGAAUUUUUCUAGCUAA